AUGGUCGAAGAAAAAGUUGAAAGUACAGAUUUCAAUGUUGGUAUUGUUACAUCCAAAAUAGCCGAUCUUGAAGACAGAAACAAAAAACUCAACGAUGACCUUGUUUACAUUCAAUCUCAAUCAAGGAGGAAUAACCUAGUAUUUACAAACAUUGAUGAGGCCCCAACGGGAAAUAAUGAAGACUUAACAAGUGAUAAGAAUUUUCUGACAGAUAAAAUGAAAAUAGCAAAUGAUUUAGUUAAAGAAAUGGAAUUUGAAAGAGUGCACAGAAUAGGAAAUCAUGGUAGAAAUGGCAAGCCUAGAAAUAUCGUCGCCAAAUUUAAUUUAUUUAAAGAGAGGGAACUUGUAAAGAAUACCGAUUGUUAUGUGAACGAACAAUUUCCAAAAGAGGUUAUCGACAAGAGGAAAGAACUACUGCCAAAAUUGAAAGAAACUAGGCAGAAAGGUAUUAAAGCAUGGCUGUCAUAUGAUACUUUGUACAUUGAUGGAAAGGCUCAGAAAUAG